CAUCGCCACCAUCAUCAUCAUCACCACCACCGAAGACGUUCUAAUCACCAUCAUCAUCAUAAUUACCAUAAUCAUCAUCACCAUGGCAAAGUGUCUUCAUCAGCUUCAGCUUCUUCUUCUCACAAACAAAAACAACACAAGCAACAACAGCAGCAGCAACAGCAACAACAGAAUCAUAUUUUACAUUGUAUUGCUUCAGCUGCUGUUGCAGCAGCUUCAUCAUCUUCGACCACCACUAGCGGUUUAGCUGCCGCAGCAGCAGCUUUAAUAUCACAAUCGACAGUGGCUGCGGUUGCCGCUGCUACGGCUGCUUCCUCAGUUAACUUAAAUGUUACUUCACCUACGUCACUUGCAUCGGCCACAGCAUCAUCUGUUACCAAUUCAAUUGUAAAUAUCAAUCAUCAAAAUCAUACAAAUUUUUUUAAUUAUCAAUCCUAUCAAACACCCCAACGUUUUCGCCAUAAUUAUAAUACAACAACAGCAACACUAUUGAAUAAUACACAACAACAACAACAGCAUCAAACGCAACAACAUCUUGCUACAACUACUACAGUUCAUCAACAUCACCAUCAACAACAGCAGCAGCAGGUACAACAGCAAUUAUCCUCUAAUGCAAUUAUAGGAAUUAAUGCUAAUUCAAAUACUGCUGGUACGACUACAACUUCUUCAAAUAUUAAUCAUCAUGCGCACAACAACAAUAAUACUAAUCAUCAUAAUCAUACUCACCAGUGUAAGUCCAAACGUAAGUUACAAAAGUUGUAUUACACGCUGUGUCGUUGAAUCUCUUGUUUGUUGUUCUUCAUUUAUUUAGGUAAACAAUUAAAUAUUUACAUAUUAAAUUGC